AUGACACAACUCUCCGCGCCGCCUUUGAAAGCGAGCAAUCUUCUCGCUCUGCUGCUGCUGACGGCCACAAUGCUGCAGGCGCGUCGCAUCACCAGUCGCCGGCUGGUGAUCCACGUGCCCGUCAAGAUGAAGACGCAUCAUCACACCCACACCGUCUACAAGGUGCUGCACGGCUCUGGCGGCGGUAGCGCCGGCGGCAUCAAGCAGACCGUCUAUAAGGUGGUGGGCUUCUCCGGCGAAGGCGGCGGUGGCGGCCACGGUCAUGGGGGCGUUGGCGGCAUAAGCAUGGGUCACGGCAGUCACGGCCAGAGUCACGGUCACAGUCACGGCCAGAGUCACGGCAUGGGCCUGGGCGAGAUCACGUAUGAGGACCGGCAUGGCUGCGAGAGCGGCAAAUUGAUGCCAUCGCAUCGGGACAUGCUAUUCAAUCAUUACGCGCGCCAAGACCAGGAGGAGGCGGUGGCCACCGACUAUGCGGAGGAGCGGGACGAGUUCAUUGAUGUCAGGGAUGCCUGGUUGUGA